AUGCAUUCCUUUGCGUAGCAUUCACAGGUAAGCCGCCUGAGACAAGAAGAGAUGGGAGGCAAAGCUCUGAGCACUCUGAUCUGUCUGCUCAUCGUUUAUCUGGUGUUAAAGGGAUACUAUACAGAGGAUUUGAAGGCCAUCCGACAGUUCAUAAAGCACCACGAGACCCUCUCUUAUCACAGAAACACAGUUCUACGGCAGCACGAGCGAGUGAGGCGGCACACUGAGCCCCAGACGCAAGUUGUGCAGUUGGACUUUGAAGCUUUUCAGAGGGUUUUCCGUUUACGACUCAAGCAAGACUUCGGUGCAUUUGCAGAGGAUUUGAAGGUCUUCUUCGGCAAUGAAUCUUGGACAGGCGAUCUCUCUCACAUAUAUUCUGGUGUGCUGGAAGAUGAGAAUGGGUCCUCAUGUCAGGGUGCCAUCCUUGACGGCCUGUUUGAAGGCUUCAUCAAAACCUCCAACGGCACUUUCUAUGUGGAGGCAUCGCAAACUUACGGCACUGGGCACUUGGAUCACCACUCCAUAGUCUACCAUGAAGAUGAUGUUGAUGGCACUCUCUUGGGAGGCGGCCAUGCUGGUUUCUGUGGUACAGAUGCACUACAGAGCCUCAUCCAAGGACUCAAACAGGGAGGGCCGGCAUCCAGGUCAAAGCGGACAGUUGACCAGUCCAAAACCAGCUGUCUUCUGCAUUUGCAUGUAGACCAUUUGUUCUAUGGGAGGUUUGGCAGCGUUGAGGCUGUCGUUGCCCAGGUUGCCUCUUACAUGAAAGCAAUAAAUAACAUUUAUCACAAGGCUGACUUUGAUGGAAUUGACUUGAUCAACUUCAAGGUGAAAUCAAUGAGUAUUGUCUUGGAGGAAGAUCCGGGUGACCCACUGCAGGAAACUUACAUUGGUCCGGAGAAGCUGCUGAGUCUCUUUUCAGAGAUGAACUGGGGCAAUUACUGCCUCUCUUACCUGCUGACCAACCGAGACUUCAGUGGGGUCCUCGGGCUGGCCUGGGAAGGAAAAGCAGAUGACUGGGGAGGGAUCUGUUCCAAACACAUACAACUGAAGGAUGGCCGUACCUCCAGCAUGAACACUGGUCUGGUCACCCUGAAGAACUUCGGACGCUACCUGCCACCCAAAUUCGUCCAGCUGACCUUGGCUCAUGAGCUCGGCCACAGCCUGGGUGCUCCUCAUGAUGAGGGCCUGGACUGUGGGAGCCUGGAGAUCACUGGAGGGAAAGGACGAUUCCUAAUGUUCCCACAAGCCACUGAUGUGGUCCAGGAGAACAGCGACAUGUUCUCUCCCUGCAGCCUCCGGCAUAUGGGCCAUCUGCUGAAGAUCAAGAAGGACAAAUGCUUCGUGGUCAGUGAUCAGCCCAUCUGUGGAAACCGGAUUUUGGAGAAGGGGGAGGAGUGUGAUGUGGGCCACAAUGAAAGCGAUCCGUGCUGUUACAGUUCUAAGGCACCGAUAGGCACUCAGUGUCAUCUCAAGCCCAGCAAGCAGUGCAGUCCCAGCCAGGGACUUUGCUGCAGUUCCACUUGCAUCUUUAAGAACUCUGGACUCACCUGUGAGGAGGAUUCCGAAUGCCGCAUGAAGAGUGUAUGCACAGGGUUGUCUGCUGUCUGUCCAAAGCCUGCUGCAAAGCCAAACAUGACAGUCUGCAGUCUGGGAACACGUGUCUGUCAUAAUGGGGAUUGUGCUCGGUCCCUCUGUGUGACAUAUGGCCUGGAACAGUGCGACUGCCCAGGAGAGAACAGGAAGGAAAAGUGCCACAUGUGCUGCCAGCAUACAGGCAACCCCAACACCUGUGCAAGCACCACUUCCUCCGUUCUGUCCACGUACUUUAAGGGAAAGCGGGUGGCACUGGUACCUGGAAGCCCCUGCUCUAAAAACCAGGGCUACUGUGACCACUUCCAAACCUGCCGACUGCUGGAUGCCGACGGCCCCAUAGCGAGGCUGAAAAACUCCUUCCUACACCUGAAUGAGUUCAUUGACCUGGCAGACUGGAUGAAGGCAAACUGGUGGCUGCUACUGCUGGCUAUUCUCGCAGUCUCAGGAGUAAUGGCUGCCACUGUAUGCCUGUUUGGACACACACUGGAGAGUGAUGGUACAAAAGCACCAUCAGGUUAA